AUGAAGCUUUCUUUAACUGUUAUCUCAACAAUUGCACUAGCCCUCAGCUACUGCCAUUCUGCCGAUGCUGCUGUUCAUACAUUGCAAUUGAAGAAAAAUCCGGACGCGGGCACAUUUAAAGGCGUCACAUUUCCUGAAUACGUUCAGUCUUUAAAAAGUAAAUACAUUGAAACCUUCCAAAGAUUUACAAAGAAAAUAGAGAAGAGAGAUAACCAUGUCCUGUCUUCCGAACAGAAGUCUCAGAAAGCAUUCGUUCCAUUUGUUGAGAAUGAACCAUCUGAGUUUUCUGAUGCUUUAAUUAUGGGAGGUCACGAUUCACCGUUGACCAAUUAUAUGAAUGCCCAAUACUUCAGUGAAAUUGAAUUGGGAACUCCCGGUCAGAAAUUCAAAGUUAUUUUGGAUACCGGCUCUUCAAAUCUUUGGGUCCCUUCUAGUGAUUGUGCAUCUCUUGCCUGCUAUUUGCAUACCAAAUACGAUCACGAGCAGUCAUCCACAUACAAAAAGAAUGGCAGCGAGUUUUCAAUUCAAUAUGGUUCUGGCUCUAUGAAAGGGUACAUUUCUCAAGACACUCUUAAAAUUAGUGACUUAGAAAUUACUAAUCAGGAUUUCGCCGAGGCAACAGAAGAGCCGGGAUUGGCUUUUGCCUUCGGAAAAUUUGAUGGAAUUUUAGGUUUAGGAUACGAUACUAUUUCUGUUAAUCAUAUUGUUCCCCCUGUCUAUAAUGCCAUUAAUUCCGGAUUGCUUGACAAUCCGCAAUUUUCAUUUUACUUGGGAGACACUUCGAAGACCGAAGAUGGUGGCGUUUGCACAUUUGGUGGUAUUGAUGACUCCAAAUUCACAGGCAAAAUUACCUGGCUACCAGUCAGAAGAAAGGCUUACUGGGAGGUGAAAUUUGAAGGCAUUGGACUUGGCGAUGAAUACGCUGAAUUGCAAAGCCACGGUGCCGCUAUAGAUACCGGUACAUCAUUAAUCGUCCUACCAUCCCAGCUUGCCGAAAUUUUGAACUCAGAGAUCGGAGCCGAGAAGUCUUGGUCUGGUCAGUAUACAGUUGACUGUAACAAGAGGGAUUCACUUCCUGACUUGACAUUGACUUUUGGAGGAUAUAAUUUUACCCUAUCUCCAUACGAUUAUACUUUGGAGGUCUCCGGUUCAUGCAUGUCUGCGUUUACGGGAAUGGAUAUGCCAGAACCAAUUGGACCACUUGCUAUAAUUGGUGAUGCAUUCCUUAGAAGAUACUACUCGGUUUACGAUUUGGGAAAAGAUGCUGUUGGAUUGGCUAAAGCCAUCUGA